AUGCCUUUGAGUGGCAAGAAGAAAGUUGAGUCGCGCAUUUCGAUAGGGCUAUGCUCCAAUAUGGAUGGGAAUGAGAAAUUGGACCCUAUCGUGAUCAACAAGUCCCUCAACCCCCGUUGCUUUGCAGCUAUCGACGUUUCCAAGCUACCCGUGUACUUCCAUGCAAAUGCAAAUUCAUGGACUACCGGCGGCAUCUUUGCAAUUUGGUUGAAAGCGAUUAAUCUCAAAAUGAGUGGGCAAAAAGUUCUUCUGCUGCUCGACAACGCGACAUCACAUGUCAAUUUGAAGCUCUCAAACGUACACAUUCACUUCCUUUCGCCAAAUACCACCUCCCAUUUGCAGCCGAUGGACGCGGGCAUCAUUCGCAACUUCAAGCUCAAGUACAAGGCCCAAUUCGUGCAGUGGCUACUGGACAUGGUGACGGCAGGGACGGAGGAAAAGAAGCUCGACGUUCUUAGCGCAAUCCGUAUAGUGGUAAAAUCGUGGGCUGAGGUGCGCCCUGAAACAAUUUGA